AUGGAUUCGAACUCAGAAAAUAAGUGGAAAUGCACCCAGUGCUCCUCGACGUUUAAAUGCAAGACCAUAUUUGACCGUCAUAUUCUGAAUAAACACAACCCAAAUGGCAAAGUCGAAUGCAAGAUUUGUGGAAAGAUUUUUAAGAAUCCUCCCUCCUUAUCUGUCCACGUGUCACAGAUGCACACCAACCGGAUCAGACUCUCUUGCGAUAUUUGCAACAACACGUUUUCGAACCGGGCAAAUUUACAGAUGCACAUUGAUACCAUUCACAAUUUGGAACGAACUCGUUUCCAAGGUGGAUUUCCUGGUUGUGACAAAACCUACCUAAAACAGAAAAGCAUGUUGAACCACGAACAGAGGAUUCACAUAAAGGAUGACCUAGAAACCCUAAAGUGUCAACUUUGUCAGCACACUUUUGCCAGAAAAGACACCCUGACGAAGCACAUUCGGGUUGUUCAUGAAAAUCAGAGGAAUUAUCCGUGCACAUUUUGUGACAAGAGGUUCUCCCAAUCAGAAGAGUUGAAGGCUCACGUGGAGGCAAAACAUGUCACGAAUAAGGAACUGAUUCACUCCUGCGACAAAUGCGACUACAAAAGCUACUCGAAAAGAUAUCUUGCCCAACACGUGAAACGCCACAAUGCUCGGACCAAUUUUGUGGGAAGAAAUUCGUCAUCUUUGCCGAAUUAGUAAAAUACUGUAGCUUCA